AAAAAAAGGGCACCCAACUUUGGAAGGUUGUACGUAAUCCGACUGCCAUCUCUCUGGCCCAAUUCUCCGGCCGGUAGGGCCAUGGAGUUAUUGGAAAAUUGCGGCCAUAUGGCGCAUGCAAUGACGCUCUCCCAUGGCCACUGCCAAAUUUUCAUAUGGAAACCUCUACCAUAAACACACUACUACUCAAACCCAAGCCCAAACUCAUCUCUUCUGCCUCAUGAUCAUUUCACUUGCGCCAGUUUGCAGCCAUUAAUGCUGGAAUUGAUUCCAGAAUCUGGAACCCAAUAGGAGGAAACUAAAUUAAUUCUUCCAACUAGCGUGGCUGUGCUUUGAAAUCCGCAUAAAACGACAUAUUGUGUCAUCUUGUGUUUUAGGGAGGAGAAGAAACUUCCAUUUCUUUCUGUUUUGUUCAAAAAUGGGGGACGAAAAUCGGGAGAGGUUAUUGAAGGAAGAGGAUUAUUACUACGAGAAUUGUCCUGGAUGCAAGAUGGAACAAUACAAUCAACUGCACCGUGGUUUUCCUUUCCGCCAACUUCUUAUGGUUUCGCUUAUUGUUCUAAUUACGGGAUUGCCGAUAUCAUCAUUUUUCCCGUUUCUGUACUUCAUGGUUCGGGAUUUUAAUAUUGCAGAAAAUGUAGAAGAUAUCGGAUUCUAUGCUGGAUUUAUCGGAGCUUCUUUCAUGGUUGGUAGAGCAUUAACAUCUGUUUUCUGGGGAAUAGUGGCUGAUCGCUAUGGUCGAAAACCUGUUAUUCUUUUUGGAACUUUUAUCGUGUUUACAUUCAACAUCCUAUUUGGCCUUAGUUUAAAUUACUGGAUGGCUAUUAUCACCAGGUUUCUUCUUGGAAGUUUGAAUGGCAUACUUGGACCAAUAAAGGCAUAUGCAAGUGAAAGUGUUAAUGAAGAGUAUCAAUCCAUCGCAAUGUCGACUAUUAGUACAUCAUGGGGAAUCGCAUUGAUAGUAGGCCCGGCUAUAGGAGGGUUUCUUGCUCAGCCAGUAGAGAAAUUUCCUGGCAUUUUCUCCAGUGAGGGUUUGUUUGGGAGAUUUCCUUACUUCCUGCCCUGUCUUUGUACAUCACUCCUUGCACUAAUUACAGGAAUAAUCUCUCUUUGGCUUCCGGAAUCACUGCACAUGCACGAUAAAAAUGUUCCAUCACAUUCUGUAUCAUAUGAAGCCUUGGAAGAUCGACCUGGUGAUUGUAAUGGGAAUGAAUCAACACUAACAAACGAAAGUAAAGAACUGCCUUCGAAGCCAAGUCUCUUCAGGAAUUGGGAGUUAAUGUCAUCAAUCAUUGUUUAUUGUAUGUUCUCACUUCAUGAUAUGGCUUACGUGGAGAUAUUUUCACUCUGGACUGUCAGUUCUCGUACGCUUGGUGGUCUGAGCUUUACAUCUGGAGAUGUUGGAGAAGUACUCGCCAUCACAGGUUUCAGCCUCCUUGUGUUUCAAUCUGCUUUAUACCCAUAUGUGGAGAGGAUAUUUGGACCCAUAAUGGUAUCUCGUGUUUCUGGAAUAUUGUCAAUCCCCCUGCUGGCAAUGUAUCCCUUGUUAUCCCUGUUUUCAGGAGCUGUCCUUCACAUCAUCGUAACUCUUGCAUCAAUCUUGAAGAAUCUUCUCUCUGUUUCCAUUAUAACUGGAAUGUUCAUCAUACAAAAUAGAGCCGUGGAUCAACAUCAAAGAGGGGCUGCUAAUGGCAUUGCUUUGACAGGAAUGUCUAUUUGCAAGGCAAUUGGUCCAGCUGCAGGUGGUGCAUUACUCUCUUGGUCACAGAAGCGUCUAAAUGCUGCUUUUCUCCCAGGUCCCCACAUGCUUUUCUUCAUACUAAAUGUGAUAGAAGCAAUUGCAGUGGUGAUGACAUUCAGACCGUUUCUUGUUCCACGUCGAAACUAGACCGAAGUUAAACCACAAUGUUUGAUCAAACAACUGUAUCAAAAUCUCGACUCUUUUUUUUUGUCGAUCCGUCAUCAACAAUUUACAGAAUUAAGGACCUACAAACUCCUUAUACCUUCUUCCUAACCAAACGAAGUAUCAUAUCAAAAUCCUUUAAGCUUUCAGAGCUCAUAUGAUCAAUGUAUACUAGUUGAAUUUCUCCAAUGUUUCAAGUUGAUUUUAGUUAUAUGUAACAUCAAAACCUAUUGUUGUAUACUUCACUUAUUAAUUACCACAUUAUUAUAAGUUGAUCCAUAGGCUUUAUCAUUCAAAUUUU